CUCUGAGAUGCUGAGCCGCAAUGGCUCAAUCGGGUGCGCCAAAUACACAGGAGAAGCGCCUUGGGCACCAACUUCAGUUUUCCUUUGGGAUUGAGCUCCAGGGUUUUCGUCACCAGCAGCUGAAUGGUGUCUAUGUCCGGGAUGACGAGACGAAGGUCUCUGAGAUGAUCACUUUUUGGCAAGAGGCCGCUGAUGACCCAUGCUUUAUCUACAGCAGGGGCUUCGACCAAUCCGGCUAUUGGUUUCUUUGCAAGCAUUGCGAUUGUGAUGGCGAACUUCUCACUGAAAUACAAGCUGGAGCUGAGAGGUCGCUGGCAUAUUUGGAUUGUGAAGAUAAGUGGCACGAAUACUACGAUGACACUGACACGUGGCACCCAGCCGAGCUAGUCAUCAUCAGCAUGAAGGAGGCUUUGGCGGAGCCAUUCCGCGCUUUCGAUCCAGAAGGUGGCCUGCAAGUCAUUGUGAACGAUUUGAUCAACCGAAAAUGUCAAGAUGCUGAGUAUGAAAUAGGGCCAAUGGGCAUGCCAGAUGCGUUGGAGCUUCAUGAACAGUUAAAUCCCAUGUAGACGCUGAAGCAGACCCAAGAAGACACGCGCUGAAAAGAUUGAAAUGGGAUGAAAUUGGACGAAAUGGGGAUUGUUUGAAAGCUUUUUCAUGUCAUUUCAUGUCAACUUGAAGCUGAGUGAAUCAUGACAUGACAUGUCCUCUGGAUUCGAUCGGGGAUGCAGUUGCAGAGGGCACUUGUGAGGAGAGAGCGAGACAUAGCGAGACAGAGAAACUCUGGAGACUUGAGGUUUCAUGAUGGUUUCAUGUUUCAACAAGUGAAAUGAAAGUUACAAAAGUUGCAAAAGUUACAAAAGUUACAGCUUACUCCAGGUUUUGGCUGUUUCUAUUUGUUUCUCUUCAUCUUCAACACUUGGCCUUCAAGGUCAUGGCGACUGGAUGGGAGAAUGCCUGGGAUCUGCGGAAAAUAUGAAGGGCACAGACUGAUGGGCCUGGGCCAUUGUGUCGCAAAACGACCUCAUAAAAAUGUGAUAUGGUAUAUACUACUAAUAUAUAUAUAGUGUAU